AUGAUCUCGUUCAGACCUACCACAUCAUCUAUCCAAUCCAUAUUCCAGCAAAUACAAAGAAGUAAUCGGUCUGCAAACUGGGACGACGAAGCAAAAUAUAACAUUCAGUGGAUGCAAGAUGGACAUAUUAUACUACGAGAAGACAGGGAAUUGAAAACGUACACAGCACACAAGGAGACGCAAACAAUUGAUAUUUUCCCUGAAUUAGCACGGGUAUGCAAUGGGAAGCAAAUUGGUUUCUUUCGUGUUGAGAUUCGCCUCUUAAAAGGAGGGUCAAAUAUCAGCGUCCUCGGAGCGGUUUGGUGGCCCUCUGAAGAACCAGGACAAACAGACGCCCAGUUCGUGGAUGCGUGGAUGCUUCAGGCGGCAAAAGUGUCUAUCAAUGAUGUAGAGCCCAAUGGCGAACUUCGGAAGGUGUUGUUCUUCGAGCUUCCCAAGUGUGAUGUGCCAAAACGCUCUCAACGCUCUAGCACGCAUGUAACCACAGCGUACAAGGCCGAACGACCCUUUAUUUUUACGAAGAAGCAAGCACUAGGGAAGCUGAAUAUGGAAAUUGUAUAUUCCCGUUCGGCAGACAGUCAGGUUUUGAAAACGAUAUCCGCCGUCUUGAAGGACCCCGAGCCGAGCAGCAAUCAGCAUAUUAUAAUGACGUUGACCAAACAACAAUAUAUCACUGCAUUCAACUCCAAAACUACCCCUAGCCACACAGGAGAGCUGACUAUUUCAAUGUGCAAUUCUCGGAAGGGAAUGUUAUACGAAAGUCACGACUUGCUCAGCCUCGUUUUGACUGCGAUUGUCAAUGAUAUGGGGUAUCCGAGAAAGAAGUCGGACCGUAAUAGCACAAAACAAGUCGAACAUCAGGUUAUGAGCGCUAGCAUGAAGACCACCAUGUUUUCCCUUAAAAAGGCGACAGAGCAAGGCCCUAUGUACCUCACCGAAGAGGUAGAAUUGCCGUCUUCAACUCUUCAAGGGCCUGCACCAAGAAGUAUCUUACAGUACAGAAUAUCGACACAAUACGAGCACAGAGUUUGUGAGUCGAAUGACGGAGAUACGAGAAAAGAGCAUUUCAGCAUACAUUUCGCCAAGCGAAAUUUAAACAUAGAUACACUGGUCUCGACAGCAAUCAUCGAAGCGGCGACAGACACCCAGUUUGUUCAUUUCGCCAGUGUGGACUGGGUAGUGUCAUUUUCUCAGGGUGAGAAAGGCUCUGAAUGUACGCAGUCAGAUGCCAGGGCACGCUCCAAAAGUACUUUUACGCACCACAUAUCUGGAGUGGAUAUUGCUAUCCCCAUGGAUGAGUUUAUUAAGAAUAAAGUGGAAAUGGAUAUAGGGAAUGGCAAGAGGGUGGAGACAAUUUAUCAAGUUUCAAUGAGAACUUCACCCACUAUAGAAGACGAUAUCACAGACUUCAUAUUCAAGUUUAACAAACCAACUGAGAGUAAGAAAGUCAUCAAUCACGAGCCGGUACAAUACACCGCAGCAAUACACAACUCCAUAAACGCAGAGCUCCAUAGAGGUGACAAGGUGAUGGACAUAACAAUGGCCCUGGUGGAUGGCCUACCAGGGCAUAUGCGCGUCUAUAGGGGCACCGUCACGGUGAAGCAGGUGACAGUGAUGCUGAGGCAAAAGCGAACCCCUGUAGAUUAUACCCCUGCCCCGGAAGACAUCGACACGGCCAUUGUUCACCUAAUACUGUCACACUGGGAUAAAACGCGAGCAGAGUUUAAGUGGGAGAUGUGA